AUGAUCUUCCUUCCCGUUAUUGGCCUGGUUGACCCUGAUAAAUUAAAGCUUGGCGAUUUAGUUGGUGUCAACAAAGAUAGUUACCUGAUUUUAGAUACUCUGCCAUCUGAAUACGAUUCUCGGGUCAAGGCCAUGGAAGUUGAUGAGAAACCAACUGAAGAUUACAAUGACAUUGGCGGCCUGGAGAAACAACUCCAAGAGCUCGUUGAGGCCAUUGUUUUGCCAAUGACACAUAAGGAACGGUUUCAGAAGCUCGGGAUUCGACCCCCGAAAGGGGUCCUUUGGUAUGGACCUCCAGGAACAGGGAAGACUUUAAUGGCUCGCGCUUGUGCUGCACAAACUAAUGCUAAUUUCCUCAAGCUAGAUAGCCCUCAGCUUGUUCAGAUGUUUGUCGGGGACGGGGCGAAACUCGUGCGGGAUGCUUUCCUGCUUGCGAAAGAAAAGACUCCUUGCAUCAUCUUCAUUGAUGAGAUCGAUGCCAUCGGGACGAAGCGGUUUGAUAGUGAAUUAGCUCGGUCAACUAAGGAUUUCAAUGGAGCACAGCUGAAAGCUGUCUGUGUAGAAGCAGGAAUGUUGGCUCUCCGGCCAGACGCUUCUGAGGCGAACCAUGAAGAUUUCAAUAAAGUGCCAAUGGUCGGUUUUACAUUCAUCGGAGUUAGUAAUCUUUCAAAGAAAAUACAUCAGCGUUGGUUGUUAUAA